UGAACAGGGAGAAUUUGCAGUUGGGCAACUUGAAUCAAACAUCCCAUCAAGAUAUUUCAGAGUCAUUCAAUUGAACGUAACCUUAAAUACCAUAGAGUUUUGAACAUGGAAGAAAAUAGCACUGUUCACCAGUGCAGUAACACUGAGGAGCAGCUGUUGAAGUGUGGUGUCAGUGAGGAGAGACUCAGUUACCAAUCUGAGCUGGGCACUCAUCAAUACACUCACACAGGGGAGAGGCCAUUAACCUGCUCUAUAUGUGGGAAGGGAUUCGCUCGAUUAUCUCAGCUGAUGGCACACCAGCGAGUGCACAGUGGGGAAAGACCUUUUAAGUGCCCAGAUUGUGACAAAUGCUAUAAAAGUUCUGGGGACCUGAAGUCUCAUUAUCGUGUUCAUACAAAUGAGAGACCGUUCAGGUGUUCUCACUGUGGGACUGGGUUCAGGGGAUCAUUCCAACUCACGGUGCAUCAGCGAAUUCACACUGGGGUACGGCCAUUCAUCUGCUCCAUGUGUGGGAAGGGGUUUACUCAGUUAUCCCAUGUGCUAAGACAUGAGAGAGUUCACACUGGAGAGAGACCUUAUAAAUGCCCAGAUUGUGAAAAGUGCUAUAAAAGCUCUGGGGAAUUGAUGUCCCAUCAACGUGUUCACACUGAUGAGAGACCCUUCAGGUGCUCUCAAUGUGGAACUGGGUUCUGGCUGUCAUCUGAACUCAAUAUACACCAGCGAGUUCACACUGGAGAGAGGCCAUUCACCUGCUCUGAGUGUGGAAAGGGAUUCAGUCAGUCAAACCAGCUCUUUACACACCAGCGAGUUCACACUAGGGAGAGACCAUUUACCUGCUCUGAGUGUGGGAAGGGAUUCACUCAAUCAUCUGACUUGCUAAUUCAUCAGCGAAUUCACACUGGAGAGAAGCCGUUCAAUUGCUCCGAAUGUGGGAAGAGAUUUACUACAUCAUCCCACCUGCUGAAACACCAGCGAGUCCACAAGAAGCUGCAAUCUAGCUCUGAUCAGACCGGUGGAAAAUUAAAUUUACAGCCACCGGAAAAGAAUCCACUGCGCAGGAGCAGACUGGACUGUUCUCUGAGCAUGCUCAGUGUCAUUUAUGGCGACAGUCUGAGGAGGAGCGGACAUUUCAGGCGGCGGCAGCUGCAGCGGCAGGCAAUUAGCUCCCAUCAGCUGAUGCAGCAUCAACGGCUCCGCACUGGGGAGAGGCCGUUCACCUGUCCAGAGUGUGGCAAGGGAUUCAGUCAGUCUUCCAACCUGAUCAAACGCCAGCAUCUGCACACUGGAGAGAGGCCUUACAUCUGCUCCAAGUGCGGCAAGGGAUUCACUUUAUCAUCCACCCUGCUCGCUCACCAGCGGAUCCACUCCAACGAGAGGCCCUUUCAAUGCUCAGACUGUCAAAAGAGCUUCAAGAGUUUGUGGGCACUGACGCAGCACCAGCGCAGUCACAGUGGGGAAAGGCCGUGCACCUGCUUGGUAUGUGAGAAGCCCUACACUCAGUCGUUCACCCUCAUGGAAGAGAAAAGCUCCAUUCACAAGCAGAGUCACACUGGGGAGAAACCGUGGAAGUGUGGGUACUGCGAGGAGAGUUUCAGUUACCCGUCUGAGCUGGAAAUUCAUCAACGCAGUCACACUGGGGAGAGGCCAUUCAAAUGUGCCAUAUACUGUGAGAAAUGCUAUACAAGUUCAAGUGGACUGAUGUCCCAUCAACGUGCACAUACUAACAACAGACCUUUUAAAUGCCCAAACUGUGGGAAGUGCUUUAAAAGCUCUGGGGACCUUAUGUAUCAUCAACGUGUUCACACUGACGAGAGACCUUUCAGGUGUUCUCACUGUGGGACUGGGUUCAGGCAAUCAUCUCAACUCACUGCACACCAGCGAAUCCACACUGGGGAGAGACCGUUCAUCUGCGCUAUAUGUGGGAGGAGAUUUACUCAGUCAUCCAACCUGCUGAGACACCAGCGAGUUCACAAAACUCAAGGCACCGCUACUUCCUUGCACUGGCCUCCAGCCCGGGACCCACCACCAGGACCCGUCUCUCAGGCCGGACUGGGUUCCAGCCUGCGACUCUUCUCUGGGACUCGCUUCCUGAUCUGGCAUGGUCUCCGAAUUGUCUCCCGUGCCGGCCUGGACUCAGUCUUGCCUCCUCCAUUCUCCAUUUCCUCCGUUUGUACUCAUAGAACUGAGCCUGAAAACACAGAUAGACCAGUUAAUGUCUGCUAUGUAGCAGUGAGGGCAUUGGUUGCAGUCCAUUGUCCAAUUUAUCAUAACCACAUGGAGGAGAAAUUUGCUGUUCACAGUGAAGAGAAACCGUACACAUGUUGUGUGUGUGGACGGGGUUUCAGCCAAGCAUCCGGGUUAUCGAAACAUAAAUGGAGCCACAAAAGGGAAAAACCAUGGAAAUGCGGGGACUGUGGCAAGGGGUUCAGAUUCCCAUCUGAGCUGGAAACUCACCGGCGCAGUUACACCGGGGAGACACCGUUCACCUGCUCUGUGUGCGGAAAGGGAUUCACUCAGUCAUCCCACCUCCGGAGACACCAGCGAGUUCACACGGGGGAGAGGCCAUUCAUCUGCCCUGACUGUGGAAACGGAUUCACUAAUUCCUCCAAUCUGCUGGUACACCGGCGAGUUCACACUGGGGAGAGGCCAUUCACUUGCUCCGAGUGUGGGAAGGGGUUCACUCUGUCAUCCAGCCUGUCGACACACCAGCGGAUUCACACUAGGCAGAAACUGGAGAGUGAGCGUUCGCAUGCUUCAAGUGUGGAAAGAGAUUCAGUCAAUCAUCCCAACUGA